GAAUUUUUUGGGUAUCUCGCGUUUUACAAAACAAAACCACCACCUCAACGCGUGCGUGCGUUCUCAUAGAUUUUCGCUUUGGUCGAAAAAUCUGGCUCGGACAUUGCAGUUUAAGCACAUGUGAUUGAUAUUGAAUUGCUCUGCUGUUGGAUCUCUGCACUGGAAAUUUGUUUCAUUUUAUAUGUUCUAAACACGGCUUAGGAAACCUGGCAUGGGAGUUAUUACUGUUUCUACCUCAGCUGCUAGGACUCCAUUAAGAUUGAAUACAAGGUUGAUCAGUCAUCAGCAGGUGCAUAAACGACCCAUAAUUUUAGCUUUUAAAGGAAAUAAAUCGAAUAAAACCACUUUGGUUUCACCUCAGGAGAAAAUUCCUCUACCCCUAGAAACAGCGAAGAAACACCAGAAAAGAGUAGGAAAGACUAGUGAGUCACUGAAGAGAGUGAGAGCCGUCUCUACUGUUGAAACCUCUCCAUGCACCUUGGAUGUGGACUACAAUGAAGCUGCAGCCAAACUUGAAAAUAUAUAUAAACUCAGCCCUGUAUCUGAUACCUGUAAUGUGGAAGAUAUAGAUAGUAAAAUCGAGAGAGUCUUGCGGAGGAGGAAGAAGGUUAGUGAGGAACGUGAUGAUGGAAAUUGUGAUAAUGUGGUUAGAAACCAGAAUAAGAAGGCCAAACGAUUGAGUCUUGAUAAGAGGAUUGCAUUGAAAAAUAAUGCAAAGGAGGAGGUGAUUGAUCAAACUCAGAAGAAAAGGAAUGUUAAGAAUAGAGUACAAAAUAUUGAUGUGCUUAUCAGGGAUUAUUCAGCAUCAACUGAUUUAGUUAGCAUGGACUGGAAGAAAAUGAAGAUUCCGCCAGUUCUUCCUUCUUCAGAACAUGCAUGGUUGUUCAAGUUGAUGCAGCCAAUGAAGGCACUCCUACAAGCAAAAGAAGAUUUAAAGGAAGUGGAUAAAGAAAUUACAGGUGGUGAACUAGCUGAUGCAACAAACAUGAGUAUUAUUCAAGUAAGGAAAGCUAUAGAGGUUGGUCGAGCUGCGAGAAACAAACUCAUAAAGCACAAUCUCCGGCUUGUAUUGUUCGUGAUCAACAAAUAUUUUCAAGAUUUUGCAAGUGGCCCGAGGUUUCAAGAUCUUUGUCAGGCAGGAGUUAAGGGACUUAUCACAGCAAUUGAUCGUUUUGAGCCAAAAAGAAGACUUCAGCUAUCUACAUACAGUUUAUUUUGGAUAAGACAUUCUAUCGUUCGUUCCAUAACCCUCUCAAGCUUCACACGUGUUCCUUUUGGACUUGAAAGGGUUAGAGUAGAUAUCCAAAGAACAAAACUUAAGUUAACAUUUGAGCUCCAGAGGUCACCAACGGAAGAAGAGUUAGUAGAAAGAAUUGGGAUCUCACUUGAAAGAUAUCAUGAAGUAAUGAAGGCAUCAAAACCCAUUUUAUCCCUUCAUUCAAGACAUAUAACCACGCAAGAGGAGUAUAUUAAUGGGAUUACUGAUGUUGAUGGUGUUAAUGGUGAUAAUAGGAGGCAACUUGCUGUUCUAAGACUUGCUCUUGAUGAUGUGCUUGAUUCCCUGAAGCCAAAGGAGAGCCUAGUGAUCAGGCAGAGAUAUGGACUUGAUGGCAAGGGUGACAGAACAUUGGGAGAAAUUGCUGGGAACUUGAAUAUUUCUAGGGAAAUUGUCCGGAAGCAUGAAGUCAAAGCUCUCAUGAAGCUUAAGCAUCCAGCUCGGUUGGAUUAUCUUCGUCGUUAUGUUGUAUAAAUUAACAAAUAUAUAUAUAUGCUUCCAUUGGUGUCAUUUUAGUCCCACGUACGCUACCUAUAGCCAUGCCCUUGAUAAUUCUCAUAACAAUUAUUUAAGUAUACAAAAUUAUAAUCAUUUGUCAUGUAAUUUGUAUAUGAAGGAGUUAUUGCUCAUAAGAAAUAACAACCCAAUACAUGUUACAUGUAAUGUGUUGUGUUCAUGAAUUACAUUCCAAAUUAUAUAA